AUGGAGCUUGUUUCAGAACAUGGCUAUCGGCAAGACGGCAGGAAGCCGCACGAACUGCGCCGCAUGGCCUGUCGUCUUGGACCCUGUGCUCAGGCCGAUGGCUCUGCUUAUUUAGAGCAGGGCUUAACGAAGGUGUUGGUGACUGUGUAUGGACCUCACGAGAUGCGUAAGAACAAGGGCUUGGCGCUUCCGGACCGGGCAGUCAUCAGUUGCCGAUAUUGCGUGGCUAGCUUUGCUACCGGCAAGAGGACGGUUCAAGGGCUAAACGAGAGAAAGGCACAGGAAGUCGAGCAGCUUGUGACAAGGGCUUUCGAGCCGGUGGUCCGAACGGCCCUCUACCCGUAUUCACAGAUAGACAUACUCUGUGAGGUACUGCAGGCAGAUGGUAGCACCAUUAGUGCGUGUCUCAAUGCCGCCACGGUUGCACUGAUCGACGCCGGCAUCGCGAUGAAUGGAUACAUCUGCAGUUGCUCAAGCACCAUGUACAACGACACAACAAUCGUCGAUCUGAACCACUUAGAGGAGGGCAUGUCCUCGGGUCCAGAAAUGGUUUUGGCGCUCUUCCCCAAGUCCGAAGAAAUCGUCGUGCAGGAAUUAAGUUCACGACUACAUGAAGACCAGUUCGAAAAGUUCCUCUGCGCCACGAUUGCCGGCUGCAAAAGCGUUGCUGCCAUUUUAGACGAUGUGAUUCGCAAAAACGUUAACGAAGUUGCAUGGUGUCUGGGAUGGCACUGA